AUGCAACCACAACAUCCACAACAUCCACAACAAAUUCAUAACCAACAACAACCACAACAACAUCCAAACCAAUCACCUCAAAUUAAUAACAUAAAUCACAAUAUUAAUAACCAUAUUCAUAACAGUAUAAUAAAUUCAAGUCCAGAACUUGCCUCUCAAAAAGAAAACGAAACAAGAAGUGGGUUCCCUAAAUUAAUUGAACAAGAAAGUAGUCCAAUUAUUGUUAAAAUGGAAAAGGAUGGUAUACCUACAGCAACAAAUAAUAAUAGUAACACAAACAAUAAUACAACCACAAAUACAAACAUAAAUACAAAUACAACCACAAAUACUAAUACCAAUACAAAUACCAACAACAAUAAUAACACAAAUAAUAAUUUAAAUAUUCAAAGUAACCAUAUAUUUAAUAGUAACUCAUCAUCGUCAUCAACACCUCCAAUUUCACCAGCAAAUAUUAAUAAUCAAUCACCAACUAUUUCACCAGCAUUGGUACCAGUUAUAACCCAAUCAACAGAAGACAAUAAACCCAAAAAGAAAUUAGGAUUAAGCAUUGUUAUCCCUCCUAACGAUGGUAGUAAUAUUAAUUCAAAAUUACCCCCACUUAGUAAUAGAGAAAGUAACAAAUUAACACCAAUCAAUACUGAAACAAAACCAUUAACUGAUCCACUCCCAUCACCACGUGACUUCUAUCCCGAAAUUAACCUUCCAACAGACAUUCUAACACCAAGUUCAAAUAACCCCUAUUGGAGUUGGGGUACUCCACGUGGUCUUAAUAGUAUGAAUGAAGCUUUGGGGCCCUUAUCUCCUGGUAGAAAUUUCUUCGAGUCCUAUUUAAAUGGAAUGCCAAAUAUUAAUAGUAAUAGCAGUGGAAGUAACAAUAGCUCUGAUGAAAGCGAAACUAUAGGUAAAAAAAGAAAAUCAUAA